GUCGAAUUGUAAAUUAACGCCGAUUACAUAAACAAGUGACUGUAAUACGAAUUUGAAUUGAAUAAUCUCAUUUAAAUCGAGUAUUUUGAUGUGAUAGAGUCCACUGUUGACUGAUAAGAAUAUAACCUAAAAUACGUAACUUUUCAAGUUUAAAAUGUUUAAAGGUCUAGUUGGAUUAGUGACUGGAGGUGCGUCGGGACUUGGACGCGCCACCGUCGAGCAGCUGCUCAAGCAGGGUGGAAGAGUAGUGAUUUGUGACCUGCCUUCGAGUCCUGGACAAGAGACAGCAAAACAACUUAAAGAAAAUGUUGCAUUUGUGCCAGUUGAUGUUACCUCGGAAAAGGAUGUUAAAAAUGCAUUACAAACCACCAUAGACAAGUUUGGCCGGUUAGAUGUGGUUGUGAACUGUGCUGGUAUAGCUACAGCAUCUAGAGUCUACAACUUUAAGAAGGAUCAGCCAUUUGAUUUGAAAUCCUUCCAGAAAACUAUUGAGGUCAACUUAAUCGGAACAUUUAAUGUGAUCAGACUGUCAGCUGGUUUGAUCGGCAAGAAUGCUCCAGAUGCUGACGGCCAGCGGGGAGUCAUUGUUAACACUGCUAGUGUAGCAGCUUUUGAUGGACAGAUUGGUCAAGCGGCCUAUUCAGCAUCAAAGGCUGGUGUAGUUGGCAUGACCUUGCCCAUAGCCAGAGACCUUGCAAAGCAGGGUAUUAGAGUAGUAACCAUUGCCCCAGGUUUAUUCCGAACACCAAUGAUGGAGCAGCUGCCGGAACCAGCCAUCAAGAGUCUUGAAGCGACCGUACCAUUCCCUCCUCGGCUGGGACAUCCUCAGGAGUUUGCACUGCUCGUCCAAAGCAUCAUACAGAACCCCAUGCUCAAUGGUGAAACCAUACGUCUCGAUGGCUCGCUCAGGAUGCAGCCUUAGGUAUUGUACAAAUAAACUUCGUA